AUGGUGGAUUCCGUUUGCUCGGAUCCGCUAGCUGGAGAUCGAUGGCGUGAUAUUCGGAAACUGACAGAUAGACCAUCUGGCUAUGCUGUUCCAUGGUUUGAACCUGGACCAGAGAACAUGGCUGCACUGCAGAAGACUCGAGUGUUGGUGAUUGGCGCUGGUGGCUUGGGCUGUGAGCUCUUAAAGAAUCUGGCUUUAUCUGGUUUCCAAAACCUUGAUGUCAUCGACAUGGACACUAUAGACAUUAGUAAUCUCAACAGGCAAUUUCUUUUUAGGAUGUCUGAUGUGGGAAAGUCCAAAGCUGAAGUUGCGGCUGCCUUUGUGCAAGGUAGAGUAUCUGGAUGCACAGUGACAGCGCUUUGUGGGUUGGUUUCUUCACAACUGUCGGAUAGAAGACAAAUCACCCUCGUUUUAUCGGCAGUUCUCGUUGGUGAUCUGUGGUUUGGAUUCGAUAGCCGCAAGAAGAUGGAUCAAUGGGAUGUUGGUAAGCUGUUUUCCAUACGGAGUUCAUUCCGUACCUUACCCUAA